AUGGCGAAAGCUCGAACGCCAGCUACUAGCACCCGUAGGGCCGCUGCAGCAAAGCCAGAUUACACAGCGCACAUUCGCAAGCGCAAGACCACAGAAGGGUCAGGAGAUGGCAUCUCCAAGUCAAAACCAAAGCCGAAAACACCUACCAAGCCUGCUGCCGCCGCCGGAGCUGGUCGUCGUGGUCGUCCUCCUAAGGACACCACCGAUGCACCAGCACCAAAGGCCGCGCCAGCCACUAAGGCUUCGACUAGAGCAACGGGCUCAACAAUUGCUUCCUCGGCCAAGAAGCGUGGGAGGCCGCCCAAGGUCACCCAGAGUGACAUCAUAGCCAACGCGGUGAAGGAGGCUGAAGAAUCUGCUGCCACCCAAGGAGGGCCGGCGACCUCGGCUAGUAAACGAGGUCCGAAGCCAAAGAAGAUAUUCGAGGAGGCACCAGCGCCACCCAAGCGUGGCAGGCAAGCCGCAAAGGCGGCUGAUGAAACUGCGGCUCCCGCUCCCGCUCCGAAAAGGGGGCGACAGGCAAAGGCAGCCGAGCCAGAGGAGACGGCGCCGGCGCCGAAGAGAGGGCGCCAGCCCAAGAAGGCCGAAGAGGCACCAGCCCCGGCACCAAAGAAGGGACGGCCUCCAAAGGCAGUCGAGGCAGCCGCGGUCCCUCCUCCGAAGAGGGGCCGUCAGGUCAAGGCUGCCGAGGAGGUCGCCCCCGCUGCCCCAGCAAAGAGAGGCAGGCAGCCAAAGCAGGCAGAGGAGACUCCGCUGGAGUCUUCCAAACCUGCUGGUGGCCGCGGGAGGCGGGGGGCUAAAAAGGCCGAGGAGGAGGAGGAGGAGGAGGAGCCGGCCGAGCAGCCGAAGAAUCCACGUAAGAGAAAGGCUGUAGAGCAAGAGGGGGAGGAAGAGGGUGCCACAGAGGCACCAGUCGAGAAGACGCCACGCAAGCGUCAAUCCAAGGCCACAGGAGAUGAGGAGGUGGAGGCUCCUCGGGCCGGAAGAACUCCUCGGGCCAAGGCCACCCCAAAGGCCACCCCAAAGUCGACAGCUAAGGCCACCCCAAAGAGUAGGGCCAAGGCAGUCACCGUUCAGGAACCUGAACCAGAGGAGGACGAGAUGGAGGUUGACGAGCCGGAAGAGGAAGAUGAAGAGGAAGAGGAAGAAGAGCCAGAGCCUGUCCAAACCCCAGCCAAAACCCCAGCUAAGGCCACUGCGAAGACUCCAGCCAAGACUCCAGCGAAGAGCGCCGCAAAGACUCCGGCAAAAACCCCAGCUAAAUCAGUUGCGAAGACCCCAGCUAAGACCCCAGCUAAGACCCCAGCCAGGUCUGCCACAAAAACUCCUGCGAAGACUCCAGCCAAGUCAACGGCAAAGACCCCAGCUAAGGCCCCGGCCAAGCCAGCUGCAAAGACUCCAGCGAAAGCUACAAAGACACCUGCCAAAGCCGUUCAGACUGCCGACACUGCUACCAUCAGCGGCAAGCGUAAGGCUGCAGAUCUAGAGCUUGACCUUGAGGCCGAGGAGACGGAACCAAAAGUUGAGCCUGAGCCAACACCGAUUAGUUCCCGUCCUCCACCCCCAACUCCUCCCCCAAAACCACAGACACCAAAACAGACACCCAAGUCAGUCAAAUACCCUGCUACGGCCCCAAAGCCGACUACGCCAAAGCAAAAGACUACACCAUCAAAGCGUGCUAGGACUGAAGAACGUGACCUUCCAGGCAAAGGCCCAACCCCGUCUAAGCGUGCCAGAACAGAAGAACGCCAACUCCAAGCAACUUCAUCGGGUGCUGCUUCUGACGCCACUCCCGUCCUUGAAAAGGGACUUCUCUGGUUCUUCACCCGUCCAAAGGUCACACUCGAUAGUCCAGCCGAAUCAAUCGAUGACAUGCAACGUAGUUAUAUGGUUUUGAAACCCAUCUCACAACUUACCAAUGGCUCGUCUUCGUCAGUUCCUAUUGCCAAAGAUGGCAAUCUUCGUGUUAUUGAUAUCCCCAAAAAGAAGUUUCUCGGAAAAGGCGGACGAUUAUUGACAUUUGUCAAAUCGUCCAAUGCUUCCCUUUCAUCCGUUAAGGACCUUCUUUCAUCCGAGACGUACACCACCAAGACAAUGGGAGAGCGUACCAACCCACCAGCCCAGCCUAUUGCAUCUGCUGUUUAUGCCAUCAGCCAAAGCAAGGGAAGCACACCUAGCCAGGACACAACACAUUUUAGCUACAUCACCACGAAGGCAAAGGUUGACCAAGAGUUAACUGAGAUUCAAAAAGAAUUUGGGUUGGCAGAUAAGGGAGGAUUUGUCGUCAAUGUCCGAAAUCCAAAGUUCAAAGGACCUGCAGGUGCGAGCAUCGGCAGUGAUCCAAAAUUUAGCGACGAAAUCACUUCGUCUUUCGGUGACUACCGCUGGCUUGCUCUGAAUCCCCAGCAUUUGGAGUACCCCGGUGCCGAACUAUUGUUCAUUGGAGACAAGGGUGAUGCUAUCCCCGAAGACCUAGUUGAGUUUGCUGAAGAAGAUGAGAGGCGCAUCAACGAGAUUAGCAGCGGCAAGCACGAUGACGGCGUCUUUGCAGACUUGGAGUUACGUAAGGGAGAGUGGGGAGACGAGAUGUUGGUUAGCUGGGAUUAG